AUGAUAGUCAAAAAGCGCUACAUCUCUCCUACUCAUUGGAUGUUCUCGUUGACAUUGUCGCCGCAUGCUUUGGAUUGGCUUGAUGAACAGAUGAGAAAGCAAGGAAAGAUAUGGCAAGAAUUGAUGACUUGCAAAUUGCUAGCGAGGUCGAUUAAAACUAAACGACUCUUCUCUUGGACUCCGGGUCGUUAUGGAACGUAUUUACCAACCAAGGGAGUAGCAGAUGCUCUAUUUGGUGCAUACUUACGGACUUUCGAAACGAUAUAUCGAAUCAUUCAUAUCCCUACUACGAAGCGUGUUUAUGAUACCUUAUGGGAAAGUCCCGGCCUAGCGAGUCCGGCGCAGGUAGUUUUAUUACAGCUUUGUUUUACUGUCGGCGCAUGCUUCUACGACGACGUCUUCUCGCUUCGGCCUCACGCUCAUCAAUGGAUCCGCGAAGCCGAAAACUGGCUCGAAUAUCCGGGAAAGCUUCGAAUGACGGUGUUUGAUAUUCAAAUAAUGUGUCUCUUACAUCUAGCUCGGCAGACAGCCCAUUAUCUCCGAGAAAGCCAAGUCUGGGCCGUCUCCGGCGCCUUAGUUCGGGCUGCGAUGUCUGUCGGUUUACAUCGCGAUCCGACGAGACUGCCAGCAAUGCCUGUUUUUGAAAUUGAGAUGCGACGGCGCCUAUGGACGACAAUUAUCGAGUUGGUUUUAGAAUCUAGCAUAGAUGCUGCGGGACCUCCGAUGUUCUCGUCUGAUGAUUAUGAUUGUUCUUUACCCCUAAAUCUAAACGAUUCCGAGCUAGGAGAUCUCGGCGAAGACAGCAAACCAACCUCUCAUGAUAUGGCUGAACUUACCGAUACAUAUCUUCAAAUAGCCUUAGGCCGGACCUUUGCUGUGCGACUCUCGGUUGCAAAAUAUUCGAACGGUAUAAAGGUUGACAUUUCCUAUCGUGAGACAUUAAGACUCGGUUCGGAUUUGAUGGCUGAAUAUCGAUCUUUAAUGAAACACCUACAAGUUUUGAAUCCGCAACCUACAACAUUUCAAAAGCGAUACUUCGAGUUGGUAUUUAGCCGUUACAUAUUCUCUCUACAUUUGCAUUAUCUUCCUCGGGCUCUAAAAGACCCAGCACAGUUCAACUUCUCCCGAACCAUCUGUAUUGAUACCGCUUUAAGAUUAACUUCGUCAUUCUUGCCGCUCUCAUCCUCGCGUCAUGAUCCUGUUUUAGUAGCUAUGGAUAGCAUACUUCCUUUCGAGAGCUACUGCUGCGACUAUGAGCAUCUGCUUACCUGCGGCUCGGCUCCGUUUAGGUCUGUACCUUGGCAAGCCGUCAUGGUCAUUGCUGUGGAGUUAGCUGCGACACUACACGAAGCGCAUAGCACAUCUCCGUGGGCUGGUGUAGUUUCCUUUAAUCAGAAACAAAAUGGGAGCAAAUUUCGCAAUGUUGAGCUGCUAACGUGGCUUCGAGAAGGAAUCAAAUGGACGAAACAGCGUAUCAAAGCUGGUCACCAUAAUGUCAAAGAUAUUGUCUAUAUAACUGUGCUACUUGCUGGAAUCGAAGCGGCAAUGGAAGGUACCCCUCCUGAACCAGCUAUGGAUGCUAAAGGGAGGGAGGCCUUAGCUGAGGCUAAGUCUAUUCUUGAGGUGACGGCUGGCACAGGGACCACUGCUUGGGACACCGUUCCCGAUAUAGAGGAUCAGGGGCUUGGUGAAAUCAACGAAUUUUGGUCCAUGGGAUUUUCUGGUAUGGAAUGGGACAGUUUCUUUUAA